AUGCGAGAAGAUACUCUACCACUCGCAAGCUGCUGUCUUCUCUUUUUGCCAGUCACGCAGGUGCACAUAUCUUUUUCCCCCCUCAUGAUGGCGUCUUUGAGCGUUGCUUACAUCAGUGGCACAACGCUUUCACAGUUUCUGGGUGCUGCAUUCUCGUGUAUGGGUGGUCGCAAGUACAUUUGUAAGCUCUAUGGAUUCAUUCAAAAUGUCCGUGAAAUCACAGACGAUCAAGUCACACGUGAAAAUCGCGGCGUAGUAAUACUAGGUGCCACACCUAUGGGCUACAGCGGGACGUCUGCUGGAAUGCAGAAUAUGGGGUACUUGACAAUUUGCCACUCGCCAUCUCACAAACUGUCAUAUACGGAUACGCAGAAGUUGCAGAGGAAGCCCGAGCCACAUGAUGCUACACAACAGGUUCUGAUGUACAUCACAAAGGAAAUGAAAAGUGAUGGUACUGCGCGAGUGCUUUAUAGCGUGUACGAAGCGGGAGUGCAGCCCUUGACGCCACUAAAGUUGAAAGUGGAUAACCUUGUUGGUGUUUUGGAGGGCUUCACAAAGCUAUCGAACGCUUUCGCUCGCAAUGUGUCACUGACAGCAGCGCUACCGGACAACGUUGACGCGGGGAAUGAAAUCGAAAGGGUCGGGUUUCAAGACCCUGAUCAGAACGAGCUGGAAGCUCUGGCUCAAGAAAAGGCGGAUUUGACCAAACGUAUUCUUGAGCUGAAUAGGAAACUGCUCAGUUGUGAGAAGUCAGAAAUGUCUGGAAUGUAA